AUGGAGUACCUCUCCCGAUGCAUGAGUCAGUUAGCUAAUAAUCCUGAUUUCAACCACCAUCCUAGAUGUGAAAGACUUAACCUGACUCACAUGAUGUUUGCGGACGAUCUGCUGAUGUUUGCUCGAGCUUAUAGAGAAUCUGUUAGACUAUUAAUGAUGACUUUCAUGAAUUUUUCUCAAGCCUUAGGUCUGGAAGCAAAAUUAGAUAAGAACAAUAUCUAUUUUGCUGGUAUUUUUGAAGCUGUUAGAGAGGAUAUUCUGGGAGUAAUUAAUGUUCCUAUUGGUGAGCUGCCAUUUCGAUACUUGGGAGUUCCUUUGUCUUCAAAAAAGCUCAGCUACUCUCAAUGCAAACCAGUUGUUGAGAAUGCUAGAGCCAAAUCAUGGACUAGCAAGUUCCUGAGUUAUGCUGGCGGAAUGCAGCUUAUUAAGUCCAUUCUUUUUGGUAUGCAGACUUUUUGGUGCCAAAUUUUUGCCAUGCCUAAAAAGAUUAUCAAGGAAGUUCAGUCAUACGGCAGAACUUUCUUGUGGACUGGUGAUAUUGAAAAGUCUAAGAGAGCUCUUGCCCUUACUCAUAAAAAGGACAAACUUUCGGUUAGAUGGGUUGACAGUUACUAUACUAAGGGCAGAAAUCUGUUUACUCUUUCUAUACCUAAUUCUUGUUCUUGGUUAUUGAAGAAGGUUCUGCAGACUAGAGAUCUUAUUCAGAGUAGUGCUAAUUGGGAUUCUGUCAUGACUAAGGGUAGAUUCUCAAUCGGUAAAAUAAUAGACUUGCCACAACUGAUAUGUAGGAUUAGCAGUUGGGGUGUUCAAUGCUCCACUCACUGUGUUCUUUGUCAAGCUGGUAUUUUGGAAUCAGUUGAUCAUUUGUUCUUUAGCUGUAGCUUUGCUGCAUACAUUACAUUAAGGUUCAGAGAAGCAGUUUAA